AAUCAAUCUGGGUUUUGUUCUUUUUUAUUUCGACUUGGAUCUCGAUAGGAUGUAUAUCACGGAUCUGGACAAGGAAAUGUCAUCCUGCCAUGCGGGGGAUGUGUCGAGGUCUUCAGGAUACAAUGCGGAUUCGUGUCCAAGCGAGCCAAUGAUCAAGACGGACCAGAUUUGUCGCGUGUGCGGAGACAGGGCUAAAUGUUGUAACUUCGGCGUCCUCUCUUGUGAAUCGUGCAAAGUAUUCUUCCGUCGUUCGGGCCUAAGACGCUUCUCGGAGAGAUACGUUUGCUACGAUGACAAGAACUGUAAGAUUACUGUCCAGACAAGGAAGUUAUGCCAGUACUGUCGACUGCAGAAGUGUCGGUCACUGGGGAUGCGGGGCGGCGGGGCGGAUAAGAGCAAGGCGCGAAUCGGGGCGGCGUCCAUAACCCGGAGACAAAAGACCGAUCGGGACACACAGUUGUCAGCAAUCCGCCAGGUCGAACCAAGUUUGUCAUUAGUCACACCAAGCAUUUGGGUCUUCACUGAAUUGGACUAUCAUUUUACACAGGGUCUUGUUGAACAGCAUUGCAUUUCUAUAGAAAACAACCCCUUUACGGCUGCGGAGAUACGAGACGCUAAAAAAGACUUGCUUGGCAUCGUUAACCUCCUUGAAGGAGUCGUCACAAGGAUAUCGGCAUUCGCUAAGCUGGAUAUGUGUUUUAAACAGCUCGGAGUGGAGGACCAGGUGACUUUAUUAAAGGGCGCUGCGAUAGAGAUUAUGCUGACGAGGCUGGCGAUGCCGUCGCAUCGACGCCAUGUGCCAGGCGAGGGGGUUGCGUGGUUGGAUCAAGCCGGUGGUAACGUAAUCACGACGGAAAGGAUCUUGGAGGCGAUUACGGGAAACGAAAUCACUAAUUCUCCAUACGGACAAUCUCUAGUUGAGCUCAACCUCGAUGACACUGCGCUGGUCAUUCUGACUCGUAUCCUACUGUUCUGGCGAGGGAGACAAGGGAUGAACGAUGUUGUAAGCGUUGACAGGACACACAACAUGUACCUUAGGUUGUUCAGGCUUUAUCUUUGUCAUAUUGCGGGACAUGACCAAGCUGAUUAUCUUUACACUGCCACCAUGUCGGCAGCCUCUUUAGCUCGCCAAACGGUCGGCGCGUUUGAAAGGUACGUUGUCCGAGUCCCCAAGCAUAACGUGAGGCCUAUUCUGCAUGAAUACUUUGGAUUGAAAUAAGUAUCAGCUUUAGUAUUAAGCACAGAGCCCUGACGGCAGGUUUUGCUCACCUUUCAUGCGUAUACAUGGCUACCGAUUUGGAUGCCAUCAAUAGUCAAUCUCUCUGCGGAGGCCAAAUCCGCAAGACGUCAGCACCAUGCAUACCCGCUAAAUACGCCCUGAUGGACUGACAUCAGGCGAGAGCAGGGAGUCGAAGACAGCCUCAGUGUUCUCGAGAAUCCGGCAGCACUGUUUUUCCAGUAGAUUUCUAUAUAAGCAUCCAUUCCGGACUGGAACUUCAUGUACAAUGAGUGCCACUAUAUCUACAUCCAGGGCUUAUUGGUAGUUUCGUCGCCAAGCUGAAGAAUUCUUGUAUUCAAGGACAAGAUAAACGCCUUGAAAUACCAUCUUGACCCUCAAUGUAUUGACAUUGCUCAGCUUCCAGACAACCCACGUCAAUAGGGGCGGAGGCACCGGAAGCAAUACCGCUGGAAGUUCAGUAUGUAAAAUGCCAGUUGAGCCACCAGUGAAACAGAAGAGGAACUGUUAGCCGGUGUUUAUUGUACCGUUCGUCUACUGCUUCAUAGGUGGCUCAAUGUAUUUAAAGGAUGACCACAUUUCCUCAGAUACGGUCCUUUAAGGAGGGGAUUUAUUAAAAUCCCGGCAACAGAACAGCGAAUGGCUUUUGUAAUCAACAAUAUCGAAGUUUAUUAGCGGAAGCUUCUUCAUUAGAAGCUUCCUUUAUAAUUAAACUGGUUAUCACAUACAUGUAA